AUGACUGUGUUUUGUGGAACGGCAUUUCACGUACCAGAACGACAUAAGCUGGAGGUACUUCAAGAUGUCUUAAUUGUCGUGAGUGACACCGAGGGGAUUAUUGAACGUAUUCUGCGGCCAUUGGACUGUGAUUACAACAAGGUGAAGGAAGAGGCCAGGGAGGCUGGCAACCUUGUGACUUUGCGUCCACGCCAGUAUUUGAUUCCCGGACUUAUCGACCUGCACGUUCACGCACCGCAGUGGCCUCAAGCUGGAAAGGCGCUUCACCUUCCGCUUGAGGAAUGGCUGCAGGAGAAUACAUUUCCGCUGGAGGCCAAGUACAAGGAUGUAAAGUUUGCGGAGAGGGUUUAUAAUUCUCUUGUCGAGACAUUACUGGCAAAUGGCACUACCACCGCCGCGUAUUACGCCACAAUUCAUGUGGAGUCAAGUCUGGAACUUGCCAGAAUUUGUUUGCAGAAGGGGCAACGGGCAGUGAUUGGAUGUGUGGCGAUGGAUAUUCCAGGGGCGUGUCCAGAUUUUUACCGUGAUGGAAGUGCGGUGGAUUCCAUUGAUAAGACUGCCGUUUUUGUUGAGGCUGUCAAGGCAUUGAAGGGAAAUGAACGCGCUCUGGUACUCCCUUCCGUUUGCCCUCGAUUUAUUCCUACAUGCAGCACAGAGUCUCUUCGUGGACUGGGGGAACUCGUGAAGAAGUAUAAUUGUCAUGUGCAGACACACUGUUCGGAGAGUGAUUGGGAGCAUAAUCACGUCAUUGAGCGUUUCAAGAAACAUGACGCUUUUGCAUUGGACGGGUUUGGUCUCGUGACAAGACAUACUGUUUUGGCACAUUCAAACUUCUUGUCAACCGAAGACAUGGAUCUUGUUCUCAGCAGAGGGGCUGCAGUGGCUCACUGUCCGUUGUCAAACUUUUAUUUUUCCAAUGCCGUGUUUCCUUUGAAAAAAGCACUUGACAAGAACCUUCACGUCGGUCUCGGUACCGACGUGUCGGGUGGAAACAGUCCUUCAAUCCUCGAUAACUGCCGCUACGCCGUUGCGGCUUCUCGCGCACUAGAGGAUGGUGUCGACCCCAACAAGGAUGAAAAAGAACGGAGCGGCUGGAAGGGGGCUCGAAUAAAUUUUAUUGAAGCCUUUUGGCUAGCGACAACGCAAGGCGGUGUGUCGCUGGAUUUGAAUAUUGGCAAGUUUGAGCCUGGUUACGCGUUUGACUCCCUGGUGAUUGAUGUGGAUGCACGCAGCAGCAACGUGAAGGUCUUUGACAGUGAGGACUCUUUGGAACACAUUUUUCAGAAGAUUGUUUAUCAAUCAACUUCUGCAAACAUUACUCAAACUUGGGUUGGGGGGAGACUUGUGCACCAGCUUUGA